AUGGCAUUCGGCGACAAGCCCAAGAGAUAUUGGAUCAUUCCACAAGAAUGCCUCUCUCCAGACGAUCUAGUCCUUGGAAGCAUUCUCAAGUACCCAAACGAUCCAAUUGACAUCCUCAAUCGAAGAAAGGUCGAGCCAGUUGACCCCUUGGACAUUCUCAGCGAACGAGAACAAGUUACCAAGAGCUUCACUGAUGCAUUGAACACUGGCUUCGGAUCCAAAGUUGGAGCAUCUUCUGUCCUCGCUGCUGUCCUGGGCGCUUCACCAUUCAUCGAAGGGAACUGGUCCAAGGGCAAAUCAUUCACUAUUGAGGCAACAAAUGUCCGAGCGCAACACUUCACUCCAUCGCCGUCUUAUGUCAACAGAGCACUACGUACACGGCAAGUCGAUGCAUUUGUUCGGGAGUCUUUCUUCUAUGCUCCCAUCUAUAUGGUCGUCGGGGUCACGGUUGCGAAAACAAUGUCCCGCAAAUCAGAACGAUCUCGCGAUAGAGGCGGUGGUGCAGGUCUGGGAAUAGGGCCACCAGGUUUAGGGCUGGAAGUAUCUGGAGAGUUGACAGCAAACCAUGAGACACAGUCAUCCUACCAAGACUCGGUCGAGGAAGAUGUCGUUCUGGCGUAUCGUCUCCGAAGAUUUCGCUAUUCCAAGAGAAAGGAUGGUUUCAAAGGCAAGAAACAAGACGAGAUCAGCCAUGUUCACUAUAGCCUGCCAGAGAAGAUGUUGAGAUCUGGAGAACCGAUUGAAGAAGUCGCAGAAUUUGCAGGUUUUGAAGAGGAUGAAGAAGAUGAGGACUCAUAUGUUCCCGCCUUUUCUCGUUUCGAAGGAGAUGAUGUUGUCGCUUCGGAUGUAGAGAUGGCCGGAUUUGUGGAAGGGGGUACAGAUGAGGAGGAUUCUGAUGAUGCUUCUUAA